CUUGGCGAGUGCAUUUUACUACUGGACCUCGGCCUCCAUUUCGAAAGUUCUUGCAUUUGACUUCAUCCUUCCUUGUUGGCCUCGUUUUACGUGCCUCGCUUUUUCGUCAUAAUGUGAAAGUUUUUAACAAAGAAUCCCUACUCGAAUCGGUUUAUUGCAGACCAACUUUCCAAUCCCUUAUUACCGUGUCUAACCAUCAUUCUUGCCUUGAUGAUUUCAUACUUUUUGGCACAACGCUCAAAAUAUCUGAUUUAAUGAAUGUUGAUAGUUUUCGUUGGAGUUUGGUUGCAAAUGAUAUUUGCUUCAAAAGUAUGUUUAGCUACUUUUUCGUGCUUGGAAAAGGAAUUCCAGUCUGGCGUAACGUUUAUGAUAUAGAAACCAAGAAACUUACCUCUGUGGGUGGAGGCCGAUACCAACCAAGCAUGGACUUUACGUUAUCUCUCCUUAAUAAUGGGUUUUGGGUUCACAUAUUUCCC